AUGCUCGAAUACUUCGUUGAGCACCACCAAUGGAUUGGUACAGUUUACAUAUGGAUAUAUUAUAAGAAUACAGGAUUACAAGUGGGAAAAAUUGGGCAAAAUGGUCGAAGUUUAGAGUUAAUAGGCACUGAAGAAGAGAAUAAUCAGUUUGUAAUUGAACUUCCGUGUGCUGUCGAACCAACAAGAGCGAAAUUAAACUACAAGGGCGAUUUAUACAACUUAAGACUUACUGCAGUCAAGAAUGAACAACGUUUUGAUCGAUCUUCUAAUCAUAUUAUGGAAGAAGUGGUGUCGAAAUGGAUGAGAAAGGAUUUAGUGAAAGGACCAUUUACUUUUUACUGUUCAUGCUGCAAUGAUCAAUUAAUUUGCUCCAAGGACUAUACUAAGGUCCGCGAUAUGCCAUCUGAGUUUUGGGCCGAGUUUAUGGACUAUUGGCACUGUCAUAAACCACAUAGCGAUACAAACUCAACUUUAUCGAAUGGUUUCGAUAAUAAAUUCACCAAAUCUGUAGUACCAACAGUAGGUGAGAUAUGUUUGAGUGACAGUUUUAUUUACAUUCAUAAGGACUCACUCAACAGCAAAAUAGUGUAUGAUUACAACAAUGUAUUCUGUAACUCAUGCAAGCAGGUUCUUGGAUCAGUAAAUAGAGAUGGCUCCAUAGGAUUCAAGAAAUGGUGUUUGAAAGCUGAGAUCAACAAGGAAAUUGAAACCAUCGAUAUAUCGAAUUACGUCCUUAAUCAGAUUUUCAAUGAACUUAAAGCGCACUCUACAAGAUUAUUUCAUAUAAGAGACAAUAGUAUAGCAAUGGAAGUUCAAGUGUGGGUGUUCGGAUUUGGUUCCACAAUAUCUUUCAGCAAUUCUCAUUUACUGACAAAUUGUAUGAAGAUCCUUUAUCAAAGAGGAGGACCACCUAAUGGCCCACAAAAUUCACAAAAUAUUGAAUUAAUUGAAGUCGAUGAGCCCAAUGCUCUCUCUGCAUUUAUUUCACGUUUGGAUGAUGUUAACUCUAACUUACCCCAUGAUCUUCAAAGAAUGAACGAAUGGAAAGUUGGUUAUAUAUCAUGUGAUUAA